AUGUGUGAAAGGGUCAACGACAAUCUGGAGACCGACACCUACCACCUGCCCAGAGAGGUAGCUGCCGCCAUCCGCUCGCAAGAAGACCGCUUGGGCGGUCUUCUGGAGGCUCUUGCCAAAACGAAGGAGCAGGAAACGCGUGCCCAGCACGAGCGCGACGAGGCGCUUUGGGAGCAACUCGACGCUCAGCAUACGGAUCUGGUCGCACGGCUGACGUCAACCAUCCAGGCGCUCGUUGUUCAGCCAAUCACUUGCGAAGGUUGCGGUCACCAUCAAGCGCGGCCCACAAUCCCGGACCUGCUGCCAACUACAGCGGGGACUCCAGCAACGAGCCGUGCUGACGGGGCUGGCCCCUCCGGAAGUGCGAGAGAGCAGGAUGAGGCAUCGGAGCCACCUCUUCAGCCAAGGUUCCAGUAUCUCGACCCCGCUUGCUUGCUGACUGUCAAUGACGUGCGGAAAGAGUUCGAAGAAGACGGCCUUGACGGAAGGAAGUCAAUAAACAAGAUGGACGCGGAUGAUGAGAAGGCUCAAGUGGCGGAACGAGUUCAAAGUAGAUAG